CGGACCAAACUGCUACUCCGGUCAACUAUUCCGGAAAAAAACGCCAAUCAAUUCCCAGAACCAAGUAAAUCCUUAAACCACGCUGUUAUCUGCUAUAGCCUCACUGCAUGGAGACUGCCCCAUACUGGCCGGAAAACACAGGGCACGCCGGAACCCAACUCCAUGACGCCAUUAGAGCCUCGUACUUCCACAAGAGAACAGCAGAAAUUAAGCACAAUCUGUGCCAUUGUAUAAUGAUUGGUGGUAAACAUAUGGAAAUGCAGCAAGGGUAAGGAACAUUCUAAAUAUAAUUCUCUUAUCUACCAAAAACAGGUUAUCUGGGUGACCCAGGCCCAUAUUUGAGGUAAUUGUUAGGUUUUUUAGUCUGUAUAAGUAAAUCCAUCCUAACUAGUUGAAAACGCAGAAAACCAUCUUCUAACUGUUUGCUUGUGGAAUACUUAUGGCUGCAAUCUGGUCCCAGGGUUAUAAAGUUGAGGCGGUGGAGAUGAAUGACACUUCGAAGUCCGCUAUACGAGGGGAGACGACUACCGUAUUUGAUGACUACUCUAGUGAUGAGGAAUUUAGUGGUCUUAGACUUUCCUCUCAAGAAGUUGGAGAACUGGUUGAACUGUGCGACUUUGCUCUUUCUCUUCUUGAGACACAACAUCCAGGAGAGUGUUGGAAGUUUAAGAGCAUGCGUGAGGCGUACAGGGAGGAACUGACGUUUUGUUGUACCGAUGAUUAUUAUCACCUUGAAUUUGUUGGCGAAAAGGCAGAUGGUAAAUCUAUACGUAAUUUUGUGGUGGAUGUUAUUUGUUCUUGGAAUAAAGGACAUGAACGCUUAACAGUAAAGCAUUGUGUCUUACGGAAAGAUGAUGAUGAGGUGGAGCCGAUGGAUGAAUAUAUGAAGAAAUGCGUGAACGUGAAUAUAGUUAAAUUCUGCAAAUCUGCCCUCACUUACUAUGAGGAGCUCCAUUCAGGAGAAGCUUAUGAGUUUGUGAAGAUGCAGACGAUGAGAUGCUGUGUCGUUGGAGUGAUCUUUGUAUUUCAUGCUAAAAACAAGGCUGAUGAUACUGUUGCAACCUUUAAAGCUUAUAAUCAUUAUAACGUUCUACGUACGGAUAUAGAUGUUGUGGGCUCUUUUAGGUAAUGUCAUUGCUGAACGCGAUAAGGGGGGUGUUAGCUUAUUUGCUAUG